AUGCCUCACGAUUUAAAGGAACUUGGUGUAAGGAAAGCGAUAAUGGCUCCCUUGUCCCCAACUCCAUGUGCAGAGAUUAGUGAUGAUGAGCUGGUGUCUAUCUCUGUGAGAGAUCUUAACAGACAACUAAAAAUGAGAGGGUUGACGAGAGACCAGAUUGUAAGAAUGAAACAAAGACGAAGGACACUCAAGAAUCGGGGAUAUGCAGCCUCGUGUCGUAUCAAACGGAUAGAGCAAAAGGAUGAGCUGGAAACGGAAAAAAGUCAGGAAUGGCACGACAUGGAGGCUAUGCAAGAGGAAAAUACUAGAAUUCGCGAGGAAAUAGAAGCACUAAGAAGCAAGUAUGAUGCCUUGAAGAGGUUUGCCGUGAUGAAAAGCAUUCCCCUGCCAUCUGAAUUCGAAAUUUUACCAUAA